UCAUCGGUGCGACACGUGCGGCGGUCUUUCUUCCCCCGUGUUAGCGGUUAGCAGUUAGCUGAGCGGCAGCGGCGCAGCGUCGGUCCAGUUUCAGCGGAAUAAAGAGCUCAGAGUGAGAGAUGGCUGCUGCCGGGGCGCAGGGCAGAAAGAGACUCCUGAGGGAGGAGGACAUGACCAAGGUGGAGUUUGAGACCAGCGAGGAGGUGGACGUCACCCCUACCUUCGACACCAUGGGACUCCGGGAGGACCUGCUACGCGGCAUCUACGCCUACGGUUUUGAGAAGCCAUCAGCGAUCCAGCAGAGAGCAAUCAAACAGAUCAUCAAAGGCAGAGACGUCAUCGCCCAGUCUCAGUCUGGAACAGGAAAGACGGCCACCUUCUGCGUGUCGGUGCUGCAGUGUCUCGACAUCCAGGUGAGGGAGACGCAGGCUCUGAUCCUCGCUCCAACCAGAGAGCUGGCCGGACAGAUUCAGAAGGUGCUGCUGGCUCUGGGAGACUACAUGAACGUCCAGUGUCACGCCUGCAUCGGAGGGACCAAUGUGGGCGAGGACAUCAGGAAACUGGACUACGGUCAGCACGUGGUGGCGGGGACACCUGGACGAGUUUUUGAUAUGAUUCGUCGCAGGAGUCUGAGGACGAGAGCCAUCAAGAUGUUGGUUCUGGACGAAGCUGACGAGAUGCUCAACAAAGGUUUUAAGGAGCAGAUCUACGACGUGUACCGUUACCUGCCUCCAGCCACACAGGUAGUCCUGAUCAGCGCCACGCUGCCACACGAGAUCCUGGAGAUGACCAACAAGUUCAUGACUGACCCCAUCCGCAUCCUGGUCAAACGAGACGAGCUGACCCUGGAGGGGAUCAAACAGUUCUUUGUGGCGGUGGAAAGAGAAGAGUGGAAGUUUGACACUCUGUGUGACCUGUACGACACUCUGACCAUCACUCAGGCCGUCAUCUUCUGUAACACCAAGAGGAAGGUGGACUGGCUGACUGAGAAGAUGAGAGAGGCCAACUUCACGGUGUCCUCGAUGCACGGAGACAUGCCUCAGAAAGAGCGGGAGUCCAUCAUGAAGGAGUUCAGAUCAGGAGCCAGUCGUGUGUUGAUCUCCACGGAUGUUUGGGCCCGAGGUUUAGACGUUCCUCAAGUUUCUCUGAUCAUCAACUAUGACCUGCCCAACAACAGAGAGCUCUACAUCCACAGGAUUGGUCGAUCUGGUCGUUACGGGCGUAAGGGUGUGGCCAUCAACUUUGUGAAGAACGAUGACAUCAGGAUCCUGCGGGACAUUGAGCAGUAUUACUCUACCCAGAUCGACGAGAUGCCCAUGAACGUGGCCGAUCUGAUCUGAUCUGGAUGACAUCACAUCGGACCCCGCCCCUUUGACUUCCUGUCUUUUUUUUGGUUUGUUUUUAUUAGUUUUAGAGGGUGUUUCUUAAUUUGACUGUUGAGGUGAAAACAACUGUAAAACUCUUGACUUGUUUUUGUAAAUAAAGUUGUUUUGGUUCCA